AUGCACACCGCUGUGCAAAUCACCAGGAUCGCAAUAAUAGAUCUUCGCUUGCACCCAAUCACAGCUGUGGAGGAGAGCACUUCAUUUUUUAAGGUCACCUUUGACGCGGAGUCUAUUCGAGGAAUGGUCGUUUGUGUCUUUGUUGUGUACGUUGGAAUUCUAGUCAUGGCAGAAAAGGCUGUUGCUCCAGUUCCCUGUCUUCGCUCCCACGAUCUCUCACGUUUCCAACCGCCUGCGAAGGAUCAAGUACCAGGCGAUGAGGAGAUUUUGCGUCUGGUUCAGCAAAUGCCCACCCUCCUCUAUCCCUACGAGGAAAUGGAGGCGGCGGAAGGAGAGGCAGCGACAGCAGUGGCGACAAAAGGGGUGGGAUGCAAAUCUUUCCGUCUUGUAGUUCCGCCCGAUGUGGAUCCCGCCUCCGUGGCUUCCCUGGAGCCCUCGUGGUUUGUCAACAUCGUCGUCACUAUCACUGAUCGGAAUGGCUGUGUCAUCUACCAUGAGGCACACUUUCCCAAGAACCCAUCUUUGCGAGAGGGCAUUAAGAACUUCGUCGACGUACGCUGGGGCGACUUUGUCCACCCUCCCGAUGCGGAUAUCUGGACAUUUGCGGAAGCAGACCGGUGGCGCGCGGUCCGACUCGCAGCAAGUCAAUCUCCACCGCCGCCUCUGACGACUACCGAGAAUGGCAACGGCGGAGGCAGCAGUAAUGGUGGAAGCAGAGGGCAACGGCGACGCCGGCGAGUGAGUUCAGGGGGUGGUGCAUCGCAGCCACAACAACAAGUAGUCUCCACCACUAGUCGCUUGAGUCCGGACAUAGCUGACUCGGCCACUGAGGGGGCGCUGCUACGUCGUUUCGUCCUCUCGCCGCUGUAUCGCGCUCGUUGGGGCGGCUUGGACGAUGUCUUCUACUUCCGCACUAUCAGUCUACCCUUCCUGCGAAAUCAGGGCGGCAGUGACGGUAGCCUUGACGACAAAACUAUGGUCUCUAUCACCACUGAGUCUACUAAUGUCUUCUCGCCUACCUCAUCGUUUGAGAACUUGUUGCUUCUCAGUUACCAUUGCAUCCUCGGAAAGGUGCCUGAGGACGCGCUGUCGGAAGCUGUGGGAACUGGCGAGACGACCGUUUUCGAUACGGUGACCCUGCGAGUGGCUCAAAAGCCCACCGAUCUUGCUCUCCUCAAAUCCACUAUUGCCCCCACUGCUUUCCCUGUCUCCGCCACCACUGCCAUCUCCUCCGCCUCUCCCAUUGAACACCUUGCGCGUGUCUUCUGCUUUGACAACCUCCUUUUGGCUCGUAGUGAGGGUGGCGGUGAUGCUAAGUUCUGGUCAGUUAGUCAAUCCAGGGAGUUCUACCACCAUCACCACAGUAGUUGUUACCGUCAACAGGAGGACCGGUCUACCGACGCGUAUCGGUUUUCCGAGCCGCCGAAAACGCAGCAGGCCUCCCUUCCAGCAGGUUCACGUCCCGCCUCCUACUCUAGCGCCCAUCUAGCUCCUGUAGAUAUUGAUUGGAUUGACCAGUCUCAACCUCCUGGACAUCCGCAUCAGCAGAGGCAGCAACAACCACACUACUCAGGAAUGCCCCAAGUUACAUCAACUGUAGUUCGUGCACCUGCGACCGCAUUGCCAGCGUCAAGUCAAAAGGAAGGCACCAUAACCACGAAGGACUUUCAACAGCGAUUCAGAGGUCCCACAAGCACCUCCGAGACCCCCGAAUCGCCCUCCCCGACUCGGCCUCCUGAAGUGAACAAGGCCACAUCGCAACACGAUCGAAUCUCCAUCUUUCUGAGUCUGCUUUUACCCGAGGCAAUAAGGGAGAUAAAAGAAGCCGUCUCAGCCGAGCCUGAUAUGGUAGCGCAACGUGUGCGUGCUAUUGUCACGCGGCAUCUAGGUCCGGAGAUUCUCUCCAAGUUCUUCUCCAACCCUCAACAGCCCUCCGCCACGACUACUAAUGCUGCUGCUCCACCUCCUUUCCUGCCACCACCACCAAUACCAACUUCAUCCACUUCCUCGGCCGCUGUGACAUCGUCCCCGGUGGCAACUGCUCGUCGAGCUGCGAUUGUCCCCUCGGAAGCUGGCUGUUGCGGAAACACUCGUGUUGAUGGAAAUGGUCGAGUUGCUUCAACCACGGCAGCGGUCCUCUCAGCCUCAUCGCAACUGUCUGUGGCUCCCUUGUUGUUAAAGGAGUCUCCCACGGGCUUGCUGCCACCACUGCAGUCAAAGCGUCCUUCUUUGGUUCAGGAAUUGUCUGUCACCUCCGACAUUGAUCCACCGCCGCCACCAGUCUUUUGCAGCUCUACUCCGGGGAGGAAGGACUUAUCUCCGCUUUGUUCUGUUUCCUGUGGACCAAAACCGCGUACCGUUGUGAUGGCCCCGACUCCAUCAGCACAGACCUCGGGGACAACAACACCGGCCUCCUUUGAUUCCAUGGCCGGAAGUAGUCCAUGGAUGGCAGUGACUCGUGGAUCUCAGCAAGCUGCGCCAUCACUGCCACCAUCCUCAAAAUCGUUGCCGUUGUCCGUGGAACCGGCUUCGUCCUUGAGGAAGCACACUACUGCUUCCUCUUCUUCAUCUUCAUCCAACUCCUCGCAGGAGGUUCACUCCACUGCAGGUGUUCUGGAAUCCCUUUUGAUGGGUGGCUACGUUGCUCCAGACUCUCGACUGAGACGCAUUUCCGGCUCUUCGGUGGCUACCACCAUCACUACAGCCACAAUCUCCAACCUUGUACGCCAUCGAAACGCCUCUGAGGCGACAUUGGUGACCACUGGUGGUGGUGUUUCUGAAUGUCGCCAGGUCCUCUCCAGCAGCGGACCCUCGUCCACCUGCUGCCAGGCUCCCAAGGUCAGCAGUAGCUUCAGUUUUGACGGUGAGGAAUGGCCUAUGGUUACCUCAACCGUCAGUGGUAGUAGCAGUAGUAAUAGUCCCACAACUGGUAAUCGAGCAGGAGCGCUGAAUUCUACACCUCAGUUGCUUAUGAGCCCGAACUCGUCUUCCUCCUGCUCAUCUCUGGCUCAUCUACUAAGACACGGAUGUCCACCAGCCUCGGUGACGUCUGUCAACUCCGCUAUAACUACUGCUGUCACCACCGCACCGACGACCACCACGGUGACGGCCGCAGCGGCUUCAGAGCCUCUAUCCAGUCCUAUAUUACCGACGGCCUGUGCCGCCCGAGCUAGUCGACUGGCUGCUUCUGCUGCUGCUACUGUGGGGAUGCCUAAAACUGCGCCUUCAAGACCCCUUGAUUGCCCCCUCUCCAUCAUUAUUGAUCCGCAACCAUCCAGUGGGGUAAAAAGCGCCACCCAUCUGCCGCCAAGUUUCCCCAAUAACAACAGUAUUAGCAACCCUCAACGCCAAAGUAACCCCAGUGGUGGUAGCAGUGGUGGUAUUGCUCGUAAAACCAACAUCCGCGACACCAGUGAGGAUGAGGAUGCUGCACUGGCCAACUCCUCACUCUGCCGCCUUCUACAAGGCCCCGAUCCACGCUGGGAGACAGUGACGGCGGAAGUAGAUGCCACAGCGCAGGAGGAUGCCCCUGUUGCACCUCCACCCCCUCCCCCUUCCUUCUUUGAACUUCCUUCUGACGUCCUUGUUGUCAGUAGCGGUGGUAGCGGAGGUGAGGUGAGGCGUACGCGCUACGACUCCUGCCCAAUGGCCCUGCGACAACCCCUAUCCGUUCCUGCGCCAUCUCAAGUCGGUGUAGCCUCGGUACCUCCACCGCAGUCGGUGACAUCUCCAACAGCAACGUCAGUGGUAGCGAAAGGAUCAAGUGGCGAAUGUGUCGUUGUUGGCAGCGGUGCCAACGGGGGGAGCUGUUGCAGGGGAUCUAGCUCAUCUGCUCCGCCCUCUGCAGUUAACGCGAUGGAUGCAAGCAGCUCGUCUCCCAUAAACAUUGAGAGAAAUCGUCGGGCUGCCGCAGCGGCUGCAGCGCAGAUAGCUGAGGAAGCGGAACACCAACGCCGACAACGUCCCAGUUCACGUCACCUCUUGGAACGACAGCGUCUUCUGUUCCAACAAAACGUCGGUCAGGUUACGACCUACGGAUCAGGGAGUCACAGCCUACUAGAGCCCACACUAAGCCACCAUCAUCAGCAGCGACGGCAGCAACAGCAAACCCCGCUGAACUGUGGCUUCAUCAGCAGCGGAGGUGAUGUUCUCUCAACUUCCUCUGGCGCUUCCUGCUGCCACAUUCAGGCAAUGGGAGGGGAGGGCUUCUGUGAGCUUGAUGCUGCACUGCUGACGACAAAUCCUGUUGCACCAGCAGCACAGGCGCAGUCUCUAGUAAGCCAACGAACGCCAUUGGAGGACUUCUCUCGGCGCAUGAAGGAAAUCGCACCCAAUGUGCGUGUUUCACCCACGGGCUACCACCAUCACUUCCCUGUCCCCAGUCUCUACUCGCCUGAUCACCAACAACAACCACAGAUGUCCCAAGUUCAGCCGGUUUACGAAUAUUCGGGUGGGCAUUUGGCGCCCGUGAAUUAUGAGUACCAGGAUCACCAGCAGACUGCAUCUUCAUCUCAGGGUCUCCUCACAGGAACUUCCCCGCAGUACGAGAACCCCGCACUUGGACCCCCACCACCUUACUCCUCUCACCUGCCCUCUAUUCAGCCCAAGUUUUUAAGCCACCACCACAAUCUUCAACAACAUCCCCAUUCCCAUCACCCUCAUCAAUACCAACACCAUCAACAACAACAGCAAUUACAACGGCAAAAUCAACAAUCGUACUACCACGCCCAAUCCCACCCUCACCAUCAGCAACAGCAACAGUUGCUCUACCACCAACAGAGAUCAUCGGUGCCGCAGCCGCCGUCGCCACAGGUCCUUUGUGGCUCUGAGGCUUACGCAAGUUCACCUAGUAUGGCUUACUUCGACCCACAGUUCAGCUUUCAACAGCAGCACCAGAUGCUGAUGCAGCAGCCGCCGCCACCGCCAUCACGACCUCCUAACUACCCAUCGCCGCUGUCUCUGGCACUUCAGCAGAGCCAGCCACUGCCCCACUCUCAGGUAAAGGCGAGUCUGCGUGAGAAAGUGACAAGUCGUUGUCAAGCCGAGAACGUGGAUAUCAUGGCAACCGGCUCCUCACCGCCACCUCCCCCACCCCUUUCCGCCUCCAUCGCGCCGCACUCUACCGGCUCGGCGGCGCCAGCGGUGAUUGGUCAGAAGCGUCCGCAUCCUUCAGAUGGUCUAAACAGCGGUAUCGGGAAUGGUGGGAAUGAGUACUUCUAUGGCCCACCUCCGCCGCAUCCUCCUUCUCCACCUCACUAUCAUCAGACUUUUGAGCAAGUGAGCUCUGAGAUGGAUUUACCCUUCCUGGAUGACUCGACCUACGGGAGCUACGAACUGUCCCAACAACAAGCGCCGUUACCAACACAACCACCAUCACCAUCGCAGCAGCGGUUCGCUGAGCGCCAAUCCUCAAUGCUGUUUGAAGAGCAGCAAUAUGCGCCGGUCUGCGACUGCAACAGCAUUGCCAGUACAAGCGCCAUCACCGCUGCCAACGACACUACUGACAGUAGCAACAAAGUGAAUGAGGAUAUUCAACUCACAGCCGAUAUUGUCAAUGAUGUGCUCGAAUCCUGUGCAGACGUCCGUCUGGGUUACCAUCGGAUUCUCAAUUGUGGACCCGGUGCUACGUGGAAGGCGAACUCGUUCACCGCAGGUCAGUAA